UUUUCCCUCCAGGGAAACCCCGAAAGUUGGCCUGGGCCUGAGGCUUUCAGUGAUUCGGAUGAACUGAAAAACUGCUACUUGACACUGGAACCGGCCGGUGGAAACCUCGUGGCAUCAGCACCCACCAAACUUCCCCUUGGUAGGGGUAGGUGGUCUUUUUCCGGUCCCUCUUUAUUUAUUUAUAUUAUCUCUCUGUUUCUUUCCGUGUGAGUAUUCUAUCGUACUUUGUUGGAGAGAGAGUCUGUUUCUUUCCGUGUGAGUAUUCUAUCGUACUUUGUUGGAGAGAGAGAGAGAGUGAUGGUGCAGGCGAAGGUGAAGGAGACAUACUACAUAUCACAUGGGUCGCCCACGCUUUCCAUCGACGAUUCCUUGCCGGCCAGGGGUUUCUUGAAAUCGUUCAGGGACACCGUAUACGGCGGCGUACAGAGACCACCGCCCACCUCCAUCCUCAUCAUCUCCGGCCACUGGGAGACCGAUUACCCCGCCGUCAACGCUAUCUCCGGCACCUGCGACACCAUCUAUGAUUUCUACAACUUCCCCCAAGAGAUGUAUAAGCUCAAGUAUCCAGCACCGGGAGCUCCAGAAUUAGCGACAAGGGUGAAAGAAUUACUAAUGGCAUCAGGGUACCAAAAGGUGAGCGUGGAUAAAAAGCGUGGGCUAGACCAUGGAGCUUGGGUGCCACUCAUGCUCAUGUUCCCAGAAGCUGAUAUCCCAGUGUGCCAGCUCUCCGUCCAGACUAAUAGGGAUGGAACUUACCAUUAUAAUCUUGGAAAGGCAUUGGCUCCUCUCAAGGAGGAAGGUGUCCUCAUCAUUGGUUCUGGUUCCGCGGUUCACAACUUGAGGUCCCUAAGCCUGUCCGGGGACGGUUCCGUUGCUUCUUGGGCUUUGGAGUUCGAUACAUGGCUCAAAGACGCCCUUCUCGAUGGAAGGUAUGAAGAUGUCAACCACUACGAAGAGAGAGCACCGCAUGCAAAAGCGGCACACCCGAGGCCAGACCACUUCUAUCCAUUGCAUGUAGCCAUUGGUGCCGCGGGUGAAAAUACAAAAGCUGAACUAAUCCACAAUAGCUGGCAGCUUGGCACGCUUUCCUAUGCCUCCUACAAGUUCACACCAACUGAAUGAAUCUAAAUGCAUUGCGCCAGAAAUGCAUGAGCAUAUAUUUCCCAAUUGUAAUUUCCGUUGGUUUGAAACAUAAAAAAGGAGCACAUUUGCCUAUGUAAGCAUGCUUGUGCACUGAAUUUUAAUUUGACUGCUAGUGUGUCUAAGGCUCCGUUCCAAAAAUGGAAUAAGAACUUAUUUUUUGUUCAAUAAUAAGGCUUGUUCUACAAA